AUGUCAAAUACUGCAGGAGCAAAAGAUGAUAAGGGUAAGAAGGAAUUGCAAGAUAUCAUUGAUCAAAUUAACAGUGAACAACAUUUGAGAGUUUUGACAAAAGAAGAGUAUGACAGAUUAAUCAAUAAGGAACCCCCUACAGGUGUUACAUUUCAACAUCUCCCCACUAGUACACCUAAGGUUCAACUCAACUUUGGUGAAGGAGCUAUUCCUAAAUUUAGAUCCAAAGAAUCUUUACUUUCACCAAGGUAUUUUAGCCCAUCUGCUCUGUAUCAGAACCCAAAUUCUACUCUGUGUCAAAUUCUCAACCCUAACUCUGUUAAACUUCCCACAUUUAGUGGAAGUGAACCACUGCAAAAAGGUGAAAUAAGUUUUGAUGUGUGGUCUUAUGAAGUUAGGUGUUUGAAAAAUCAAUUACCUGAACAUGUUCUGUUACAUUCUGUUAGAAGUUCUUUAAAAGGGUUAGUCAGAGAGAUGCUAAUUCCUUUCGGAGAGUUUGCUAGUGUCGACAACAUCCUAAUGAAGCUGGAAGACUUUUAUGGAAAUGUCAGCACUGCAGAGAACAUCAUGCAAAACUUCUACAGUGAUCAUCAAAAAGAAGGUGAGAGCAUUGUAGCUUAUGGUUCAAGAUUAGAACAAACUGUUUCAAAAGCUGUUAGACUUGGACAUGUAGAUGUAGUAGCAAAAGAUUCAAAGUUAAGAUCAAAAUUUUGGUCUGGAUUGAGAAAUCCCCAGUUGAGAAAUGCUACUAGAAAUAAAUACGAAACUGUCAAAGAAUUUCAGAGUCUGUUAAGGGAAGUUAGACAGAUAGAGCAAGAAGAAUUGAACUUAACUGUUGCUAAGCCAGUUCAGAAUAGUGUUGUAUCAACAAAUGUUGAAGCACUAAAUGUAUCAAACUCUGAUUUGCAAAAACCGCUCAGUGAACUACUCAGUCAAAUGAAAAAGCUUGAUGCUCGAAUGAGUAAAAUAGAACAAGAUCAAUAG